CCCUCAUCUCCUCCCUCUGUUUCUUAAACCCUUCCCUUCUCUCGGACUCUCUCCUCCAUUGCUCUUCCUUCCCUGGCGGCGACGACUAGGCGAGCGGCGGCGCCAUUUGUCCUGUCUUCGCCCAGCCCUUUACCGGCAACGAGCGCAUCCUCCAGUUACAAUAUAUUACCUACCAACUUCGAUUUCGUUUGCAAGAAUUAUCGGGUGUACAUGUGUACACCCAUGUCCUAUGCUGGGUCCGCCAAUGUGGGUAGGGACGAUGAGCCGGUUGACUCUAUGGAGAUUGACGGCCAGCAGCAGCUAAAGGUAGAAGGCCCUGCUGAGGUGCCGGAGGGGUUCAACGCCGACUACCUCCGAGUCUACUACGGAAAGCUCUUCCCAUAUGGCGAUUUCUUCAAAUGGCUUUGCUAUGCAAAUGAUGGAAAGCACCCCGGAUGUGAUCAGUCAUAUGUUGGACGUCGAGAGUUUUCAUUUACACUAGAGAAUGACAUCUACCUGCGCUUCCAAUCCUUUGAUAGUGCUGCUGAAUUGGAGAGUUCUAUCAAGGAGAAGUGCCCUUUCAAGAUUGAUAUUGGACCUGUCUACAGCGUAGAUCCUGCAAAGCGUCAUGCUUACGCCCAAUCUGGCAAUAAUGUCUUUGUACCAGUGGAAAGGGAACUAAUUUUUGACAUUGAUAUAUCUGAUUAUGAUGAUGCGCGCUACUGCUGCUCUGGAGCUGAUGUCUGCUCGGACUGCUGGCCCUUAAUGACCAUUGCUAUCAAAAUUCUGGAUACUUCUCUUAGAGAUGAUUUUGGUUUCAAUCACAUACUGUGGGUAUACAGUGGCCGUCGUGGUGUCCAUUGCUGGGUCUGUGACACCAGAGCAAGAAAGCUCAGCAAUGAACAAAGGGCUGCAGUUGCUGACUAUUUUCGAGUCUACAAGGGUGGUGAAAAUACACUGAAGAAAGUAUCCUUGGCUGGACCUGUCCUCCAUCCUUUCCUUGCACGGUCAUACACGGAUGUUCUUGAAAGCUUCUUUGAAGAUAAGUUGCUACUUAGCCAACAACUCUUUGCAUCAGAGGAGAGAUGUCAGAAGAUACUUGAUCUCAUCCCUGAUGAAAAUGUUGCUAGUGAGCUCCAUGACAAGUGGCAGGGAAAUAGACGAUCUUCUAUUUCAAAGGAAGAUGUCAAUGCAGCCAGAUGGAAACAAUUGAAGAUGACCUUACAGUCAGGAAAGCACAAGGCUCAGGGCCUUCGGAGAUGUGUGGAAGAGAUCAUCUUCUCAUACACAUAUCCUAGACUUGACAUGGAGGUAUCAAAGCACAUGAAUCAUUUACUAAAAGCUCCCUUUUGUAUACACCCGAAAACAGGUCGUGUUUGUGUUCCAAUUGAUCCCAAUAAUUGUGAUGAUUUUGAUCCUACAGCUGUUCCGACUCUAUCACAGCUUUUAGGAGAGCUCAAUGCUGCUGGUUUUCAGACAGAUUCUGAAAAUAAUUGGGAAAGAACGUCCCUGGAGAAAUCCAUCAGGUUUUUCAGAACUUCGUUUCUGCAACCACUGCUGAAAGCAUGCAAGGAGGAACUGGAAAGUGCAUACAAUGCAAAGCUCCAACAGUCCAAGAAUUCAUUGGAUUGGUAAAAUCCACAUACACACGCAUCACAUGGGUGGGCUGGUGGCCCGCAUUUCGCCUGUGGGACGCGAUCAGGAGCAUUUCAACUGGACACUGACCUCUUUGCAUGGAUGAAUGAGCGAUUAUUCCAUGACGCUGCUCCGGAGAUGGUACCAUGUCGGUUCAAAGUUGUAGCUACUGAGUGUGAUCAGAGCUAUAUACCGUACUGGUGUACGACGUGCUUUAGGCGUCUAUAGGUUUCACUGCUGGGCUCCAGAGAAUGAAUGUAACCCUUGCUGGUCGACGGUGCCAAGGUAUAUCAUGUAAGUUAGGCUACAUAUGCCCAGCAAUCUCUACAGCUAAAAAACCUAAUUGGGAAAAAAAAAUUGGUGCGACCUUGACCCUCC